GGUAACGUAGUCACAAUUGCAACGCACAUGACGACGGCCUGUGCAUAAUGGGCCAAGAUGUGCACCCACGACAGGCAAAAGCCUGGUUGCUGGUGCUACUGCUCUUAGGGCAGGAGGCACAAGCAGCUGCCAAAGGCUUUGGCGCCAAUGCAAGCGCCGAGGAGCUAAGGCCUGUCUUUGCACAGCCCAAUGCGGCCGUGGCGCUGGCUGGGAGGCGCCUACAAGUCGCACUGGGUGCCGACUGGCAAUGGCCAGUGACCUCUAGCAUGCGCUUCGUGACGGUGACGCAGGGCGGCGAGGAUGUGCCGACUGAGGGCACCGACAUGGUCCAGGUGGUUUCUUCAUUGAACUACAACGAGAUCAUCAUUUCCACCAAUGAUGUAGCCACACCGAUUGGCGCGGAGCACACCGCUCCAGCAGUCAAACUGGUGCAGGGUGUGGCAGACCGCACGAGAUGUCAAGGCAAUACCUUUGACAUGCCAGUCGGGGUGGCCAUCCCAGAUUCUGGUGAUCCAAUAGCGGGAGAGAUGGGCAUCACCAACGGCGCCCUGCUGCUCACGAACUCUGGCAACACUCUUUCCAAGAAUCAGGUGAACAUCAUCUUCAUGCAUGGAGGGCAGUACAAACUGUGCUAUACGCCAGAUGGCACCUUUGGCGGAAACGACGGAUCAGAAGUCAACAACAACAUUGUGCUGACCAUGAUCCAGGUCUUCGGCAUCUCCUCAAACUGCAGAGGCUCAGAUGGUUGCUUGCGGGACGAGAGGUGGGAGUGCUGGUUCGGGUACAAGGGCGAAAGCGUGCAGAACUGCGAGUUCAACUUCCAGUACGAUGGAGGUCGUGUUGGAUGGGGCAUUGAGGUGGGACAGCGAAGCAGGAUCACAUGGACUCCGCCGUACGGCGCUGAUACCGUGGAUCCAGGUGGCGCUGUCCUCUACAAUCCACAGGCAUGCGCAAGUGCCGCACCAGACCAGACCAUGUUCGAUGUCCCCACGGGCGUGUCCGUCUACAUGGACGUCAGCACGCAGUCGACUGCGACAAUGCCAGCUGUGCAGUCGACACAUUCCUCAGCUUUUACAACAGCAGCUUGCUAUUGCCCAAACUACAACGCAGAACGCGGGGCUCACUGCACGAACGCAGACGCCGCGCAAUGCUGUGAUAGCUUCGCGGAGUUCAUCCAGCAGUUUGGCGUCAUCUACUUUUGGACAAUCCGAAUUUGUGAUUAUGACCACUACACGACCUGCACGCCAAACCCGCCUACAUCAUACCGAUACAUGAGAGUGCUUCCUCAGCAGAAGUUCACCUUGCGCAUCGACUGCCCGCCUGGCGGCGGCUGCUUUGCAACGGAUGAGAACCGUGUGAAGUUCAUUGGGCAGGUCGCAUCCAAUGAUCGGCCUUCUUGGGAUGCCAAUGCAGGGUGCCGGACGUAUCUGCAGGAGAACUUUGCAGCUGUGUGGCCAUCCACAACAGAUUCCCGCGCUUUGUCUGGUGGCAACAGCAGGGACUACAAGGCGUGGAGGAGCAAGCAGGUGAAGUUGAAUCUUAGCUUGAAGCGGGCCAUUGACGUGUGCUACAGCAAUGCUGAUUCUGGCAACCCCAACAGCUGGUUCAAGGUGGGCAGCAUCCAGACGUCUGACGCCUUUGCCUUUGCCAGCCAGAGCAUUGCCAGCGGGCAGGUGUCCGCCCCAAUCCCGACCAUUAAGUAUGUUGGGCAUCCAGGCUCUGUCACACUCUAUGGCGGCAUGAUGGGGGCUGGCACGCUGCCCAGCCCUUUCGAGAGCAAUAUGUACUCCGGCAAGGCGCUGCUCAACAUUUUGUCCUUUGAUCGAGAGCUCCAGUAUGGAGUUGGCGCCGCUCAAAAGACCUUGAUGGAGCACUACAGUUACGACCAGGCUCGGCCACUGGACUUUCAGACGCAGAUGGACCGGGAGUGCCAGAAGGAGAACUACUCUCCUACCUUGGUGACCGGCCCAAGCAGCAAGCAGGCGGCCAAGACCUACAUCGCCAACCCAGACAUCAACUCAGCCAACACCAUCACACAGUACAUGUCCUUCAGCGGGCCAGACAGAGAUCAAGACAUGACUGUCAAAUUGGCAGGAGUGGUCGCAGUUUGCUACUGCGGCAUGGUUUCCGCGCAGGAUGAAUGCGAAAGCUCCUCCUUUUGGCUCUACGCCGGCCUCAUGACCAUCCAGGGUCCAGAAGGUGGCAGGUCCUUCAUUUUCCCGACUAACGUGGUGGUGAAAUUCGAUCUGAAGGGAUGGGGCUUCAGCCAAGAUGAUCGGCUUCGCAUCAUCCCAGCCACCUCGCAGUGCUCGGCCAACAACAAUGACCCAGACAGCGACCUCGGCUUCAAAGUUGGCUGCCCAGCUGUAGACGGCACUGGCUGCAGGCAAGCCACUGCGCAGGAGUCGAUUAUGACCUCAGUGAUGACCUCAACAUCAGUGGGCAUCUACAUCGACAGGGUUGACAUCCAGCAAUCCUCGAGCGUGCUGAGAUUCACUGCGGACAUCAGCCAGCACUUGGGCUCCGACCCAGAUUUUGGCUAUGAUAUCAUUACGCUCAAUCUCGACCGCAUCAUGGUAAACAGCAAUGACAUCAACACCGUGACGGCGAUCGAAAGGUUUGAGGCAAACAAGCUGGCGGGGGUGUACGAAUUCCAGGAUACCUUCAACCCAGGGCCGAUCCAGACGUUCCAAGUCGGCCACAGGGUGGUUCAAUUGCCAGACGCCCAACAGAUGAUGAUCCCGCAAGGAUGGGUGAGUACCGACGAAUUUCCCUUCACAGUGGUGCCUUUCAGCUUUGUCGAUCAGCAAGGGCACUGGAUCAGGCGAAACAAGCUCGAAACAAAUGAGGAGAUCAAGGGCACGACAGCAGCAUCCAACCUGAAGCUUUGCUGGGGCAUAAAGUCCGAAGGUUUGAACAAGUUCUACCAUGAGGCCGGAACUGUCAACUUCGAGGAUCCUCCGCCCAUGGUAUCCGCUGUAGUCAGCCUUACGACAAAGAUGCAAGAAGCCGUGGCGCCGGUGGUGAUCGCCUUCAAGACAACCGCCUCCCGCUCGGAGUAUUCCACGCCUACGGGGCAGACGAUGCUCAUGCUGCGCUUCCUGGAUGUGAGCACCAAGUUGGAGCCCUACUACUUCGCCCAGGAGCAGGGCCUGCGUGGCGUGUACCGGGUGCCGCCCUACCAGGAGGUGACCCAGGCGCAGCAGAGGCAGCACGUGUGCGGCAAGAUCUUUUUGGAGUUCUGGUCCAACCACCCCGAGGGAUUCCCCAUGCCGGUGGGCUGCCACUAUACGCAGAAGCUGUCGGAUGUGCCUGCGCAGGGCAGCUCCAACUUCUUCCGGGAAUUCUACAUCACCUUUGGCGAGGGGAACGGACUUCGACAGGAUGUGGAGUAUCACAUUGUCCUGAACGCCAAAAUCAUGUCCUUCACUUCCGGAGAGCCGCUUGUGGACAUCUACGCCAUGUGCGCUGGGUUUACAGGCUGCGCCAGGCCGUACCAAGUGUUUGAGAUUGGCUCGGCGGUGGUCUCUCGGGGCACCAUGGUCCCCGCCACCAUGGCGGAUCCCCAGUUUGCCAGCGACGGCUUUCUCAUCCAGCGCAGCAACCCGCUCGACGGCGUCUUGAACCUCUCCAACCUCAACAUCCUGCAGAUCCGCCUUCGUGGCGAAGCGGCGCUGAGAGGCAUCGUGAAGGAGUCUUUGAUCCGAAUGUACAUGUGGCCUCUGACGGCCUGGAAUGUGGGCACCGGCUCUUGUUCUGCGGAGUGCAUCCCCUUCCACUUCAACACCAAGCGGUGCAGCGGCUUAGUUGGCUGCGGCUCCGAGGAGGUGGUGGCGGGCAGUGGACGCAGGAACAUUGUGAAGAUCACCCUGCCGACCGAGAUGGACACAAUCGAUCAGACAACCACACACACCAUCAAGAUCAGUGGCCUCACGCUGCCCGUGCAGGGUUUUUUCCCCACCAACUUUGGUGUGCAGCUCACCAAGCCGGACGACACGGCGCCCUUCUACAUCCAUGCCACAGGCAUGAUCAUGAAGGUGCCCGAUGCUGGCUCCACGACUGGCCGUAUCGUCAUCAGCGACCGCUCGGGCUACGGACCGAUGCCCUUCAGGAGCGACGUCGGCAACGUGCUGUACUUUCGCCUGAAGCUGGGAGCGACACUCUGGAACGUGGGACGUUCCAACGCGGCCUUCCUGACCAUCGGCUUGCCCAACGGCUAUGGCGCAUGCUCGGUGGCCGGUGCCGGCGCACCUGCUCGGGAUCUCAAGGUCUUUCUCCAGAAGACAGGUGGCUAUGUGGACAACAAUCGGGGCGUCCUGGCCGUCUCAACAGACGAUGGUGACUGGGCCAACUCCAACAUCAAGACGUGCACCUACGAGCUGCAUGCCAACAACCAGGCGAUUUAUGCAGGUAUGGUCUUUUACGUUGCAGUUACUGUGGUCAACCCUGUGAAUCCGCUUCCAAAGACAGAUCCCGAGAACCAGUUGACUAUCAAGCUGAGCAGCCUGGGAGCAUACGACCCAGAGGGCAUUGCGGAGCCGGCGCCCUACGACAUGCCGGAGGUUCCCUUUAUUUCUCUCGCGGAGGAGAAGUCCUUGGGCCAGGACUACUGGGCAGGCAAUCCUGCGAUCAUCAACACGCUAUCCGAGGAGCUGGUGCAGCCCAGCAGCUUCGCCCGCAGCUGCUGCGGCCCCAACUACGACACCCGUCGCAGCGAGGAUUUCUUGCGAAUCUUCUUCUUCACAUCCACCUACAUUGGCCAAAACGGGUACGUGGUCUUUGACGCCCCGAGCGGCUUCGACUUCGGGGCCUCCUGCACUUCCCGCGAUCUCGCGGAGCGCUACUACGCCUUUGUCGGCCAGUUUGAGUCGCGGCUCUACAGGUUGAAGAACAUGGGCUCCUGUGUGGGCAAGAGGUAUCCGACCACAGAGACUACCUACAACCGAGCUCGCUUGCAGGUGGGGGGUAUCAUCGAUGCUCCGCUCUAUUACGGCUUCGAGUUGCGGGUGCUGUAUCCCACGACCUAUGACACCACGCAGCACGAGAAUUGGUUCUUGUGGCUGCUGGAUAGCAAUGCUUACGUGCUCGAAGGAUCACAGACAACCAUGCGCUUCAACAAGUUCAAGGAUCCCGCGCAGACGUCGUUUUUCGACAAGUCCUGGGGCAUGUACGAAGAGAUCGGCCCGACCAUUCCGGUUCAAGUGCUCUCUGAUGGGGCAGCCGCCCCAAGGCCCACGUCGCUGACCAACGUCAACACAGAGGUGGUGUUCUACCCGAUCACCUUCGCAGUGGACAUUGAUACCUCUCUGCGGAUCAGCGCACCGGUGGGUUUCAAGUGGGAUGUGGAUCCCAACAGCUUCUUCCGACGCACCAACGGAGCCUUUGCAUUCUGCCAAGGGAUGUUGGGACUUUGACUUUUUGCCUACUGGGUUUUCCAUUAAACCACUAAAAGUUCUUUUUUGAUUUCUUUUUUAAGCAGGGGAGCAGAAAGCAACCGAGGAACCCUCGAGGAUUGGCCUCAGCUUCCCAGCGUGCAGAACCAGAACCAGCUUGUUUGGAGCACACUGAGUCUCAAGGGCAGCACCCUGUACGGCUUCCGAGCGACUGUGGAGGUGCCCAACUUCAAUCCCGUGAAUUCCGCGAAUGCCUUCUUCAUCGAGUUUGGCUACCGCAACAGCAACAUCCAAAAAAGGCUUUUUGCCAACGUGGUGGAGGCCCCAUCUAUUGCUGCCUUGAUCAAUGCCGAGGUCUAUGCCAGCACAAACCUCGUGAAUUACGUGGACAACAGAAUCGAGUUCGCGGUGCAGACCGUAACAACUUUGACACCAUCAACCGGAAUCGUGGUGAAGGGCAGCGAUGUGACCACUGGCUUCUCCUUCCAGUGCCCGCAGACGGUGAUGGCACUGCCAGAAUCUUCACCUUUCCCGACCGACCUGAUUUGCGUGUACCAAGUUGCGUCUGACGGUGCACCUCAAAUCACGCUCAAGGUGAACAAGAUCAGCAUGCCGCCAGGAUAUUACCGGUGGGAGAUGACAGCGCAGAAUCCUCCUACCCGGAAGCAAGACCCCGGCCUGUGGACCUUUGGCACCUACCUGGCAGCCUCCGACUAUCCCACGACAGCCAUCUUGGACAAGGAGCUGCAAGCGACUGGAUUCAAGAUCGACAACAUGAUGCGCGAGGCGAAGAUGACCGCCUUGGACCAGGUGCAGCGAGCGGCCACCAUCCGCAACGACCGGCCUGGCAAGCCGAACCAGCUGAUCUUCCAAUUCAGCCUCAACAUCCGGCCCCUAGCCAACCGCAUCCUCACACUGCGCGGGCCCCGCGGCUUCGUGUUCGAUGACAACUGCCUGCCGGAAGUGAUCACGGACAGGAACGACGUCUUCGGACCGAACACGCAGGAUGUUUGGCCCCCUGACUACUCGGAAUGGCCCCCUGAGUAUCGGCCUACGAAGUGCUUGGGAAAUGGUCGGGAAGCGCAGAUCACAGUCCCCAGUGGCUUGGGAAGAUACAGCCUGUACGUCUUCCGGAUUGGUGUCCGCAGCAACCCACACUCCACGCCAGACUGGAACAAGUGGAGCAUCAACUUCAACGAUGAGUCCUCGGAUCCCUUCCAGGGCUUCACAGUGUGGACCUUCACCAACCUCAACAUUGGCGCCGUGGGUGCCAUGAAGUCGCCGACGGGAGCGGGGGUGAUGAGGACUGCAACACCGGUGACCAUUGUUUUCACACCCUACAACUCAGUGCCGGCGAAGCCUCCCAACGAGGACUUCGGCGGAAUGAUGCGGCUCACGGUCCCAGUGGGCUACGAGAUCCGCCACAACAAUCUCGCAUGUGAGGUGGAGCUCUUUGUCUCUGAUGGCUCAGUCAUUUUCGAGAGCGCUGACUACAGCUGCAUGGUGGAGAACACGGUGAAGCAGUUGCUGUACAUGGCUGGAGAGAAGGAUGUCCGAGGUUCAUACUCAUAUACUCUCAUUGUGUGGGUCUUUAACCCGCCGACUUCCACUCUGGCUGACACAUGGCGCAUCGACACCUUCCACAGAUUUUCUGCUGAGCCAGACACGGCCCUGGACGAAACGGAGUUCUUGGGAUACAACGUGAACAACCAGCUCAACAUUUUCCAGGUGGCGAACACCAACCAGGUGCUCAAUGGCAACACCAAGGUCAACGACAUUGACAUCCUCAUGCAGUUCCCGGACCCUCUCAAGGAUGGAGACGUGGUGAUGGUUACAGGCCCUCGUGGCUUCAACCUCAUCGGCAAUCCGGAGCUUGCAAACUGCAACGAGUUCCGUUGGGUGGGUGACGUCCAGUUGCGAGCCACCGGUGAGCCGGGCUGUACCUGCGACCUGCAGGGCUUUUGCUCCAUCAUGUGGACGAUAGAUGAGUCCAAGGAUCCGGCCUACCCGCAGAACGAGAACCUGCACUUCAAGGUCGCCACUACGAACCCAUCGAAGACACCUUUCCUGACCGAUAAUUACUGGAAGGCUGCCCACAUGAAGGCCGACGUGGUGAAGUCAUCCCACAUCUUCCAGGGCUGGUCAGUGAACCCGCAGCUGGAGAACGUGGACAUCAGCCUCGUGGGCACAAAGUAUGCAGCAGGGAAGAUCUCCGACAUUGAGAUUAAGUUCACCCCCAUCACGGAUGCUGAGACCAUCAGAAUAGAGGCCAUUUUCCCGAGCCAAUUCAACUUUGACCAGUCCACAGUGGCAUUGCCUUAUGACAUUGACGGGCAAAGCGAAGGGUCCACCUUGAUCAUCAAUCGAGGAGGAUUCAGGGCCGGCGUGAUGACCACGAUCCGCAUCAACACUGUCCGUUUGGGCCGAGCUGGUGGUCAGACUCGCUUCAAUCUUGUCACCUUCAAAGACGAGACCCUCAUGGACAAGCGUGAUGAGAAGUUGGACUUCUCCGGCGGUUUCCGACUUCCUGGGAUGAUCACUGUCAUCAAUGCCCCCUUGCUGAAGAGCCAAUACCAAGAUGCCAAGGCGACGUUCCCUGUGAAGUCCCUGUUUCAGCCACGGAUUCUCGAGGACGCCAAGGCGGAGUUCACCCUCUCCUUCUCUCGACCGGUGCAAGCCUCCGAGAGGCUGCUGGUGACCUGCCAGGGCCAAGCGAAGUAUCAGCUGAAGCAAUCGCCCUUUGUGGUGAUCGGAAUCGGCCCCAUCGAGACAUCAGUGGAGAUCGACCCAGACGGCAUCCUCAGAGCCACUUUGAAGCCGGGUCGGCCAGCCACGGAGGUGGCGCUGCAGGCUGACACGCCCUACACCAUCAUCAUGUGGGUGCUGCCAGUUCAGGGCACCAACACCUGGCGCUUUGAUACCAGCGACGGGGGUGCCCUGCCCACCAACACCAACGACGGCGAGCUUGAUGGCUUCACGCCAGUGGAGCAAUUCGUGCUGGGUGUUGAGGCCGUCAGAAGUCCGCCAAAGGCUGUGGUGGAUGUGGUUCUCAACAUCAAUGCUGGCAACGCCAUUGUCAGAGAGCUCAUCAUCAUCGCUCCCCCGAGCUUUGUUUUCGAUGAAAGCGCUGGCGGAUGCGGCGACAUGUGCUUGCCUGGAGAGGCCUUGAGCUCCACUAGCCGCAAGACUGCGACGAUUGCUUCGCCCACUGGUGAGCCUCUCACGCAAUUGCAGGGCAUCAAGGUGCGCGUGCUUACGCCGGAGCAGACGCCCAGCAGUGUCACCUGGUAUGUGGAGGGCAGGGGCCAGGGUGCUGGCACUACUGUCGGCUGGGGUGAAGGCGCUGGUUUCUUUGUGACGCAGAUGGCUGCCACCAACGUCAUGUAUCCUGCUGUGGCUGGCGUGCAGCAAGCACAGAUUGCCUUCACCUUUGCACUCAAUGUGAAUGCGGGCAACCAGAUCAACAUUGUGGCCCCGCCAGGGUUCAUCCUUACGUGUUCGACAGAGGGUGCCCUGAAGCAGAUCAGCCUGCCUGGGGGAAAGCCUGACUGUCUUGAUGAUCCUUUGCAAAUCCGUGUUGGUACGACGCUCACUGCGGAUCAGUACGCCUUCGCUCUGCUGGUGGACUUGCCGCCGGAGACGCCCUCGGCAAACACCUUCAGCGUCAUUGUCAGGGAUCAGGACAACAACGUGGUGGACGCCGCGUACUCCAUACAGGGGAAGCCGAUUGUGCAGAUCGGCGUCACGGAUCCCUACCUGGCCUGGUCUCAGGCCGAACCUGGGCAAAGGACGCAGAUCACCAUCGGCUUGACAUUUACCAGGGACACGCCCAACGUGAAGGCUGUCCUUAUCAUGCUGCCGGAGAGAUUCAUUCACGACGUCCAGACACCCACUGACGUGCAGAAUAUCAACAAGGACUUCCCUUUGGCGGCCGGGUCUGACUGGGCUGACACCCAGUACACCGAUCGAAUCAAGAUCUCUUUGGACGACAUGGGUGGCGGCGCCAUCAUUUGGAAAGGCACUUACAAGUUCAGCUUUCCUGCACUGGUGCCACCCAGCAUGUCCAACAACAAUUACUGGUCCUUCUCUUUGUGCAAUGACCGAGACUGCCAGCAGCCCGAUGACAGGUAUAUCAUUGUGAGUUUCCCCAUCGCCGGCUUCCAGCUCUAUGAGAUGGCGCCGGAGGUGCUGCGGGUGGGCACGGGCUCGGGGCGGCGCGAAGCGCACCUUGGGGCUCUGGCACUGGUUCUAGUUCUCUCACUUCUCAUGUGGUAAAGGAGGCAUCAUUGGUGUCGCAGUUUCACAGGCAUUUGUGCAGAUGCGCGCAUGCAGCCGCAUAGCCAGCCCGAAUUUGCGACAUUCAAAGCAAAA